AUGGCGAGCAAAAGCAACUACAGCCUAUGGAUCGGGAACAUCCCGUUCGACGUGACUGAGAGGGAGCUGCACGAAAUUCUGUCCAAGGUGGGCCAAGUAGUAAGCGUGCGUAUAAAGUACGACGUGGAUAAGAACAUCAGUAAGGGCUUCGCCUUCUGUGAAUACAAGGAUUUAGAAACCUGUAUGUUGGCACUUAAGUAUAUUAAUGGAUAUGAGUUGAAGGGAAGGAAGUUGCGGUUGUACUGGGCGAAUGAGGAGUUUAGGGAGAAGCUGGCCAGCGGUGCCAUUUCCGGGUUUGGCGGUGGGAACCUGCUUUCCAGGGGAAGGGCAAACGAACAUGGAGGAAAGCGCAGCGAUAAAUUUGACGCAUCGAUGGAUUCAAACAGUCACUACAACAGAAAGGGGAAAGGACAGCAAAUAACGCACACGAUAAAUAUGCAAAGAAAUGUAAAGGAAGAACCCUAUCCAUAUAACCAAACAGAGACCAGUACCUCCAACGAAAGUAACAUGAAAAAAGUUUUCAUAUCGAAAAUCGUGCAUACGUUGACUACGUCACAAAUAAUGUGUCUUUUGCGUUUUUUUCAAAAACACGCUAUGGAGAAUUCAGGAAUGAUCAAGUUGUAUUUGCAGAAGCAUAGGAAUGUGGCGUAUGCACUGCUGCACUGUCUGUUCCUUAUGGAUGUAAUAAACGAAUAUACCAUGGGGAAGAAUGACCUUAACAUGGUGAUCAGUGACGAGGCGUUGGUGAACAAGGCAGAGCGGAUGGUACAAAUGGAGCGAAGCGGCAAAGUAAAAAUAGGCUUAGCAGGGGUAGCUGAUCAGGAGGAAGAGCACAACCACAACCAGCGUAACAAUCCAGAGAACAUUUCUCUUGUGAAAAGUAACAGAAGGGGAAGACCCCUUGGAGAGAACGUUAUUUACGAUCUUAGUGAAGAUAACCCCUUAGGGGGAAGUACCUAUGGUGGUCCACAAAGUCAUUUACUUAACCUAAAUAGCCCACCUUCCGUGGUAGGAUCUGCUGGAGGGGGGAAGAAAAAACGGGGUGGUACAACUAUGCCAGGGUUGUAUGCCAGCUCGAAGAAGGAGCUGACCAAAUUACGUAACGCAAAAGGAGGCAUACACAAUGGGGAAGAGACAGAGGAGUAUGGAGGGCGUGCAGAUCAGUACAGUGGGAAUAAUCCCCUUUACCAAGAAGGGAACAGUCACACUAGCGGUAAUUUGAAGCAGAGGAGAAGGAGGGGGAUGAUGAAGGAGCUUUACGGGAGCGCCGCUGGAAGUGGCACCUCACAAGCAUAUAAAAACAACAUCGAGCAAAUUGAACAUGGCAGGUACAACGACACGAACGGUGGAAUCCAUGGAGGAGUCAGCCAACUGAAUAACAAUGGUGGGUCGUCUCAUUUUAAAACAAGUUAUUUUUCUGAUUAUGCGAAUGGUGACAGCUCGAUGGGGCACACCGAUCGGGUGGCAGGGAUGGAAAACCACCCCCCGUAUGGAAGCAACGCAGACGACCUGAAUGGCGCAGGAGAGCCAUACGCCGCCAAUUACGUCGAAGCGGACGGAAGGAUAGGAAGCGGCACUGGUAUUGGCCUCAGUGGAGAUAAGUAUGCCCCCUUCCGUGCAGCCCCCCCGAUGGAAAACAGUUUCAGUUUUAGUGACAGAGAAAGGGACAAUGCAAACAGUAGUGGGCACGUUUUGCCAGAGAAAAGAACAAACCCAAAGCGGCAAGGUGUCUACGCCAGUAGUGGUAGCCACGUGGGUAGAGGUAUGGAGGGGGGACCGGUUAUGGGGGAUAUCGUCACCUCAGCGGCGGUGAUGCAAGGCCCUCCCAACGAGAGCGUGCUUUCAGAUCCCACCUACGCGAACGUGGAGCUUCCUGACGAGGAACUGGUGAAUGAGGUGAUGAAGAACAGGGACAUCCUGAACAACAUUUUAAAAUCACGUGUGGAGGAUAUGAAGGGCUGGAGUAGUGAGCAGCGUGUGCAGGUCCUGUCCAUCCAGAAGGCGCUGCAGCUGAAGGGGUACGUGCUGCAGUGA